AUGGGAAGUGUGCGUAGAGACAGAAGGGUUGCAACAUAUCCUCGUAAUCCCUGGGAGAAGGAUAAUCUAGUAAAGGAGCUUCAACUCAUGGGAAUUCAUGGUUUGAAGAACAAGAGAGAACUCUGGACUGUUCUUACAUUUGCCAGAUCUGAUAAGAAGAAGGCAAGAACGCUUCUUAUUACAACAGAUGAAAAAGAGUUUAUGAUUCAUGGACGUGCUUUGCUUAACAAGCUUAUUAAGUAUGGGCUGAUUUCAAGUGUUGAUUUCAAUGAUGCCGAAGAUAUCAGAAGAGGAUUGAAAGAGGUUUUGAAUUUUGACUUAAACCAUUAUCUUGAGAGAAGACUGCAAUACCAAGUGUUUAAGGCUGGAAUUGCCAGGAACGUUCACCAUGCUAGAUGUAUGAUUUACAAGGGCCAGAUCUGUGUUAAGGGAAGAGUAGUUAAAACACCAUCUUUCAUUGUUAAGAACGAGGAUCAAGGAUUAAUUGAGAAGAACCCAAUCUUAGCGAAUCGAAAGAAGGCCAAGGCCAGCGACGAUGAGCCUCAAGAAGAAUAA